AUGAGUCAAUCGAUCUCUCCAAUAGUCAUGGGUGUAUUAUUCAGUACAUAUUUUCUAACAAUUCAAACAAUUGAAUACAGUCUAUCAACUUAUGUUCUCAAUGAAAAACAACAUGAACUUUAUCAAGAUUAUGUAUUAUUCAAAGUCAAUGCACCGAUAUGGAAAUGGUGGAAUUUAUUUACACUGAUAACAAUUCCGUUAGCAAUUUGGGCUGCUCUAGGUGAUUUAUGGAAAAUAUUUACAACGAAAGCUCCAAUUAAACAACAUUUAACAAGUAUUAUCAGAGCUAUCCAAUUGUUUAGUACUUUAUUUAUUUCAUUUGCACGUGCAGUACCUUUAGAAGGUAAAUUAGCUGAAAUACCAUCAAAAGGAAUUCUGGUGGAAUUAAAUUACUAUCAAUGGUUUCUUUUUCUGUUAAAUAUUCUUGGAUUUGUUAUAACAAUUAUUCAAUGUAAACAAGCACAAAAUGCUGAAUCGAUUAAUGCGAGAAAGAAAAAAGAAUAA